UUAAACCCUAACAAGUAACAAUAAUAGUAAUCUAACAAGUGUGCUAAAACCCUCUGGUCAUACACAACCAUUUCACACAGCCAUCAUCAUGUACCGGAUUCUGUCAUCUUUAACUUCCUCAAUCAGGUCAUCUACUUCAAGAAAACUGGUAUCUAGUAGAGUUUCAUGGAGCAGAAACUAUGUUGCCAAAGAUAUCGAGUUUGGCACUCGGGCUAGGGCUUCCAUGUUGCUUGGUGUGAACCAGCUUGCUGAAGCUGUAAAGGUCACAAUGGGACCGAAGGGACGUAAUGUGAUUAUAGAGCAAAGUCAUGGAAGUCCUAAAGUCACAAAAGAUGGUGUUACUGUAGCCAGAGGUAUCAACUUUGAGGAGAGGGCUAAGAACAUCGGAGCUGAUUUGGUGAAGCAGGUUGCAAGUGCAACUAAUUCUGUAGCUGGAGAUGGUACAACUUGUGCCACUGUUCUGACUCAAGCAAUAUUCACGGAGGGUUGUAAGUCUGUAGCUGCAGGCGUAAAUGUUAUGGAUUUGCGAAGUGGUAUUAGUAUGGCUGUUAAAGCUGUUAUAGCUGAUUUGAAAAGUCAAGCAGUUAUGAUAAGUACACCAGAAGAAAUCACACAGGUAGCCACCAUCUCAGCGAAUGGGGAGCGUGAGAUUGGUGAAUUGAUAGCAAGAGCUAUGGAGAAAGUUGGAAAAGAUGGAGUCAUUACAGUUGCUGACGGUAAUACUCUGGAUAAUGAACUAGAAGUUGUUGAGGGGAUGAAGCUAGGUAGAGGAUACAUCUCUCCUUAUUUUGUUACCGAUGUGAAGACACAAAAAUGUGAAUUGGAGCAUCCAUUGAUCUUCAUUCAUGACAAAAAAUUAUCAGACAUGAACUCACUUGUCAGAGUCUUGGAGCUAGCUGUAGAGAAUCGUAGACCUCUGCUAAUUGUGGCUGAAGAUUUGGAAAGUGAUCUGCUGACAAUGCUGAUCAUUAACAAGCAUCAAGCUGGACUUAAGGUGUGUGCGAUUAAAGCUCCUGGAUUUGGAGACAACAGGAGAGCCAAUCUAGAAGACUUGGCAGUGCUUACCGGAGGGGAGGUAAUUAGUGAGGAACGUGGAUUAAGCCUUAAUGAUGUUAAACUUGAAAAACUUGGUACUGCAAGAAAGGUCACUGUUUCCCUUGACGAUACCAUUAUUCUACAUGGUGCUGGUGAUAAGAAGCAGAUUGAAGAAAGAUGCGAGGAAUUAAGGUCGACCAUUGAGAACAGUACUGCCAUGUUUGACAAGGAGAAAGCACAAGAGAGGCUGUCAAAGUUAUCAGGAGGCGUUGCAGUCUUCAAGGUUGGAGGGGUUAGCGAGGCAGAAGUUGGAGAAAGAAAAGACAGGGUUACCGAUGCUCUGAAUGCUACAAGAGCAGCUGUGGAAGAGGGAAUAGUUCCAGGUGGCGGGGUUGCCCUCCUAUAUGCUACUAGGGUUCUUAAAAGCCUUGAAACUGCAAACGAGGACCAGAGGAGAGGAGUUGAAAUAGUCGAGAAUGCUCUCAAGGCACCUGCUUUCACAAUCGUCUCAAAUGCUGGUGGUGAUGGUGCCAUGGUUCUUGGCAAGCUAUUGGAGCAGGAUGAUCUUCAUUUUGGAUUUGAUGCUGCCCAAGGCAAAUAUGUAAACAUGGUGAAAGCUGGAAUUAUAGAUCCUCUGAAAGUUGUGAGAACAGCCUUAGUAGAUGCUUCGAGUGUCUCAUUGCUAUUAACAACCACGGAGGCUGCUAUUGUUGACCUUAAAGGAGAGAAAAACCCACUUGCAAAUCGGAUGCCUAACAUGGACGAUAUGGGGAUGGGAUUCUGAGGCUAUAAGGAGUGGACGAUUAUCUGCAGCAAAAAUCUCUAUUCUGGUAUUCUACCGUGCAGGCAAGUACGCUUGCAACAUAUUCAAGUAAUGGACUGGAUUAUGACCCUUUAUUUAAUCAUUGAAUUGUAUCAUUUUCCUCAUAAAGGCUUUGGCAUUGGUAUUGUUGUAGGCAAACUAUGAUAGAAAUGAGGUUAUAUAGAAUUGGAAUUUUGGAACAUGAUAGUAAGAUUUGUUAAGUUCAGAUCGCUAA